UUGUGCUUCAAUAUUUACUCACUCAGUUUUUGGUUGCGAAUGUGAAUGGCAAACUCAACUUAAAUGAAUCCAUAAAUUUAAAGCAAAUUUUGAAUGAAAAAAUAUGGGAACCAGCAGAUCCGAUGAAGAAUUUUUUAAUAUCGCCAUACGGAAUACUCGAAUUGCUGGAAAAUUUGAAUACGAAUGCUGAAAACGUUUAUAGAAUAGAAGAAACAAAUGCAGAGAAGAAUUUUGAUAGCCAGGCAGCCAGCGAGGAAUAUGAAACAUUUCAUUUGCAUGCUGCGAAUCCUAUUAAAGUAUCGAAUACAUUGCAAACUGACAAGGAUUUACGUAUGCAUUCCAGGCUACAUGCAACUGCAGGAUUGAGCUCCAAUGAAACGCUGCCGAACAAUUUAACGGCGACAGAAAAUGAAGUACACACGAAUUUGAUUAAUGCGGUUACAUUGAAUUCACGGUGGGCAUUUAAUUUCCAAAAACGCGAUACACAUAAGCGGAUUUUCUACACGAAAUCGAAUGCACACUAUUACGUGGAUAUGAUGCGAAAGGAUGAUAUAUUUCCUUAUGCCAAGCUUGAGCAUUUAAACGCAACCGCUUUGGAACUGUCCUUGCAACAAAGUGAUUUGAAAAUGUUGAUUUUGCUGCCCAACGCAGUGAAUGGCUUGGCUGAGUUGGAGCGGAAACUAAUGGAGGACCCCAAUUUAAUCAAUGUAAUCGGAAUAAAUUAUUUGAGACCAACGUUAGUGCGUAUACUUUUACCAAAGUUUCACAUGUUAUUGCAUAUCAACAUCAGUACGAUUUUUAUGGAGUUGCUCCAAAAAACUUUUAAUGAGACCGUUGAGUUUGAACCAAAAAUACAGAAAUUCAUACAAAAAGUGCAUAUUGAAGUGGGAGAAAGUGGAUUUGGAGAAGUGCAGAAACAAACUGUGCUUUUUUGGAACGCACAUUCAUCUGUACGAACGACGCCUGAAACAUUUUCAGCUAACCAUCCGUUUUUAUUUAUGAUAAGAAAUCACACUGAUAUUCACUUUUUAGGACAUUUGGUUAACAUAGAAUGA